AUGUCCUUCUCGCCCCUUCCAUGUCCUUCUCGCCCCUUCCAUGUCCUUCUCGCCCCUUCCAUGUCCUUCUUGCCCCUUCCAUGUCCUUCUCGCCCCUUCCAUGUCCUUCUCACCCCUUCCAUGUCCUUCUCGCCCCUUCCAUGUCCUUCUCGCCCCUUCCAUGUCCUUCUCGCCCCUCCCAUGUCCUUCUCGCCCCUUCCAUGUCCUUCUCGCCCCUUCCAUGUCCUUCUCGCCCCUCCUCGCCUUCCCUUUCUCCUCUUCUUCCCCGUCCACCCACCUCCUCCAUCCACAUCUACCCACCACCAGGCCUAUCUGAAGCUCUCAAACCCCCUCAACUUGAACUGGCACAGCUCUCCCUUCACCCCUUCUUCACCACCCCUUCCCCCUCUCUCCUUUUCCUCCCCCACACCCCGCACCUCCCAACCAUCAGGCCUAUGCCUAUGUGAAGCUAUCAGACCCUCUCAACCUGGAGUGGCAGAGCGACUGGCUCAUCACAGCAGCAUGGCACCUCCUCUCCCUCCUCACCCUCGCCUCCCUCUGCUUCCUCUGGAGCCCUACCCGCCUCUCCCUCCGGUGCGUCUCUUUCCCCUGCUACACCUGUGCACACCUUGUCACACCUUACCACCUCCUCUCCUUCCUCACCCUCGCCUCCCUCUGCUUCCUCUGUAG